AUGGACACCGCGCGCGAGCGCCUGAGCCACGCGUGCUUGCUGGUGAGCAAAGCGACCGGGCACCUCGAAGCGGCGUGCGCCGAGCACGAGGCGGCGCAGGGCACGGUCAAGAGAUGGGUCAAGGCCGCGACCGCGACCGCGACCGCGUCGGGAUCUGACGACCGCGACGACGCCGCGUUCGACCCGGUCGGCCAGCGCGCGCGAGACCUGCGGAGGAUGAACCUCGGACGGAAGGACGCGCCCGCACCGGCGGCGGGGAGCGAGGAGACUCCAGGGAAGAGCGUCGCGAGCGCGAGCGCGAGCGCCAGGGCGCUGCCGGCGGAGUUCGUCGCGCUGAGGAAUAAGUACGUCGACGCGGCGACGACGCACACCUCGAGCGGGCUGCUGGAUAUUCGAGACUCGAUACGCGCGUCCUCGACGCCGUUCAUGGCCAAGCUCAGCGCGCGCCGCGGGCGAGGGAGGAAGAAGUCGACGCGACGCGCGACGCGAGCGGACGGCGAGGAAUGCGACGCGCGCGUCGACGACUUGGUCGCGGCGCGCGCGACGCUCGCCGCGACGCGCUGGAUCGAACGCGCGCUCGAGGGGGUGAACUGGCGCGCGAUGAAACGAGAGUCGUCUGAUGACGCGCACGAGCUGUGUGACGUCGCGUACACCAUCGGGUGCGUCGUGAGGCUGUGGAAGGAGUGCGCGCCGAGAGUGGAGCGGCUGUCGAAACUCCCGGAUGCGCGCGCGGCGACGCGCCGCGACGCGUUUUUACUCGCGUUGUGCGCGUCGAAGAAGCUGUCGUACCCGGACCGCAGCGAGUACGCGGCGCUGGAGACGACCGCGAUGCGCGAGGUGACGCGCUCCAUGGAGAGCGACGGGUCGUUCCUGACGUGGCUCCCGGAACAGUGCUGGCAGGGCGGCGUCCCUCCGCCGCCGCCCGACGUGAGUUUAAAGAGCCCGAAGGAGGCGUACGUCGAGGUCGCGUCGGCGUGGCAGCGGAUACAGUCGAACCUGUUCAUGGCGCAGCUCGAGUCGUCGCUGUAUCACGACUUGAUACCGGACAUAUUCGUGAACGCGUUCGAGUCCGGGGAGAUGCGCGAGGACGAGCUCGCGUGGAAGCUGCGCGCGGUGCGUUCGAUCGUGAUGGCGGGGAAGCGCGACCGGUGCGCGACGAUCGGCGUCUACGAAGACGUCGCGUGA